AUGUUAUUAUCAAAAUAAAGCUAUGAUGAUUUUUAAUAAUACAACAUUCACAAAACAAUGAAGCAAGAAGAGUUCUAAAUAAAGUAAAUGAAGUACGAAGUUAUGAAGACUUCACUCGAAGAACAAAGAUAAUUGUAAGAAGAUAUGAAAAGAAGGAAUUUAGAGCUCAAAUAAAAAGAAGAUAAUGAUUAAAAUUAGAGAAUAUAAAUGAUGAAUAAAGAAUUAUCAGAGCAGUAAAAGUAAAAGAAACUUUAAACAUAAGAGUCCUUAUCUAAAAAAUAUUCGGAAAUUAUAGAUUAAAGGAAUUCUAUUAUAAACUAAAAAAGGAGGGAUGAUUUAAACAUUGAGAAUUAACUUAUCGAUAGUGCUUAAAAAGCACUGUAAGAAGAAAGAUAAAUCUAAUAGCAAAAAAAGCAAUUGUAAAAGUAAAUUUAUAAUGAAUAAAUGAAACUGAUGGAAGAAAAGAAACAGAGAGAGAGAAUGAAUAAAGUCUAGGAGAGAAUACUAUUCUAAGAUUAGGCUAUUAAAGAUUAAGAAAGAAUUCUUCAGCAAGAAGAAAAUUAUAAAAAAUAUUAUCAAAGAUUGGCUGAAAGAAGCGAGCAUUUACAGGAUAUUUAUAGGAAAAAUGUCGAUGAUCCCAAAUCUUCGUUAGAUUACAUUAUAAAUAGACAAAUUAAGGAAAAGAUGGAUAGAGAAUAAGAAGAACUGAAGACUAAAAGGUAAAAUGAUAAGAACCUUAAAGAUUAAUACUUAAAUACAUUAUCUUUAUAGUUAAAAGAAAAAGAAGAAAAGAGAAAAAAUCAAGAUAUGUAGGCUGCUCAAAAUCAAUAAGAAAUUCGAAAGGCAGCUGAAAGUUUUAAUGAUGAACAACAGUAAGAGAGAAGAAAGAAGAGAGAGUUUUAAUCCAAGUAUUAUGACUAAUUAUCAGGUUUGGGAAAUGGCUAAAAUCAACAGGAUAAAAUAAUUGAUAAUGUCAGCUUAUCGUAGUCAUAAGUUUACAAUCCACUUACAAAUCCAAAUCCAAAUCAGAUUUAGAAUCCAUAUAUUUUAAGAUAACUUGGACUGAAUAAAUCAAAUCAUAUCUAAUCGCCUCAUUAAAGUUAAUCGAAGCUAGCUUAAUUAGGCUAAAGCAGUCUUUUCAAAUGA